AUGAAAGAUGGCAUCAGGUGCAUAGAAAAGGAGAAAGAAGCUCUUCUCAAGUUCAAAGAUGAGCUUAUUGAUGAAUAUAUCGCUCUCUCUUCUUGGGGGAAUGAAAAAUAUAAGAAGGAUUGCUGCAAAUGGAGUGGUGUCAGUUGUGACUAUCAAACUAAUCAUAUUGUCGAGUUGGAUCUUGGUAGUAUGCAGCUAAGAGGUAACAUUAGCGUCUCAUUGCUUGGAAUACAACAUUUGAAAUAUCUGGACCUUGGUGAAAAUGAUUUCAAUUAUAGCAGAAUUCCACAAUUCAUACGUUCCCUAGAUGGUUCACUAACUAGCACAAAUCUUGAUUGGCUUUCUCGACUUCAUUCAUUAAGUGACCUGUCCAUGAGCUAUGUUAACCUCACAAUGGCAACUAAUUGGUUACAAACGAUAACUCAACUUACUAAGCUUCAAGAUUUAUACUUAUAUUCAUGUAACCUACCAAUGGUACUUCCUCUCUCACCUUUCAAUGCUUCUAAUUCUCUUUCUUACUUUUGGCUCUUGGAAAAUGAGUUCUCUUCUUCUUGGAUAUUUCCUUUGGUGUUUAACUUGAGCAGUAGCCUUACUUCCCUUAACCUCGCUUUCAACAAAUUACAAGGCGAGAUUCCAAUAUCCUUGGGGAAUAUGAGUAGAUUAACUUCUUUAUAUUUAUUUGGUAACCAACUCACAGGGGAAGUGCCUUGUCCUGCAUUAUCUUCCUCAUUAAUAGGCUUAGAUCUUUCUGAUAACAUGUUUAAUGGAACCAUUCCCCAAUGCAUAGGAAGUCUUUCUAAACUCGAAUCUUUGGACCUUAGUUUAAACAACUUCGAAGGCAUAAUCACUGAAUCCCAUUUCUUUAAUCUUUCCCAAUUACAAUCGUUGCACUUGUCUUCCAACCCAGGUAUCUCGUUUAAUAUCAGUUUAGGAUGGAAUCCUCCUGUUCAACUGACAUAUGUAAAUUUAGCAGGUUGCAAAGUGGGUCCACAUUUCCCCACAUGGAUUAGAACACAAACGAGAUUAAAGGCUCUUGAUAUCUCUAAUGCUGAAAUUUCAGACACCUUCCCUGAUUGGUUUUGGGAGUCAAGUCCAAAAUUAUCAUAUUUAAAUGUAUCAUAUAACAAUUUUCACAGUGUCCUUCCUGAUUUUUUGUCGAAGUUCACCCUUUUCUAUUCUAUAGAUCUGAGCUUUAAUCAUUUUAAUGGUUCAUUACCAAUUUUCCCUCCGAACGGAUCUGUAGUGGAUUUAUCGAGUAAUAAAUUUUCUGGGUCAAUUGCCAAUUUAUGCAAUGAAACUAAUUAUUAUUGGGGAUAUCUUGACCUCUCGAAUAACUUACUCUCUGGACAGCUUCCAGAUUGUUUUGGAAACCUGCAAAAUCUGGAUUAUCUUAAUCUGGCGCAUAAUAAUUUUUCUGGAAAGAUCCCUUCACUAAAUGUCACCUCAUCAUUGCACUUACAAAACAACAGUUUCAUUGGAGAAAUUCCAACAUCGUUGAGGAAUUGUACUUUCUUGACUUUUAUUGAUCUUUCCCCAAAUAAGUUGACUGGUAAUAUACCUACAUGGGUGGGAGAUACUUGGACUUAUUUGGUCUUUCUGAGUCUCAAGUCCAAUGAGUUCUUUGGCAGUAUUCCUUCCAAUUUGUGUCGUCUUACAGACUUACAAGUGUUGGACCUCUCUUUAAACAAGAUUUCUGGUGGUAUACCAAAAUGCUUAAACAACCUCACCGCUAUGAUUCAAGUGGAUUCUAAGUUUGAUAGGGCAUUUCUACUUCAACACAGAGGAGGAUUUCAGAGUGCAUUUGUAACAUGGAAAGGAAAGGAUGCCCAGUACAUAAAUACUCUUAAUCUGGUGAAACUCAUUGAUCUUUCAAGCAACAAUUUAGUAGGUCACGUUCCUGCGGAAAUUACUAGUCUUGUAAUGCUAGUUGGAUUGAACCUUUCAAGAAACAACCUAUCUGGAUUCCUUCCUCCAAAUAUUGAACGAUUAAGGUCUUUGGAUUUUCUUGAUUUUUCAAGAAACCACUUCUCUGGAGGUAUUCCUACUGGUGUUUCUCAAUUGGAUCAACUUGGAGUGUUAGAUUUGUCAUACAACAACUUGUCAGGCAAAAUUCCACAAAGCAUUCAUUUGCGAACUUUCAAUACUUCUGCAUUUGAGGGAAACCCUGGACUUUGUGACCUUCCACUUACAAAAGCUUGUCCGGAAGACGAAAUUGCUCCAGUUCCAAAGAUCGGUCAUAACGUUGAAGGGAUGAAAAACCAGGAGGAGGAUAAUCUAAUCAAUGAUGGAUUUUACAUUAGUAUGGCAGUUGGGUUCGUUUUUGGAUUUUGGGGGGUAUGUGGAACUUUCCUUCUCAAUCACUCGUGGAGGAUUGCAUUUUUCAAGUCGUGGAAUCGCAUAACGGAUUUAUUUUAUGUAAAGAUAGCCACCUACAAAAUCCAUCUCAGAGAAGCAUAUCACAAAUUUGUUAAUUUUUAG